CGGUCACAUGACUGUGAUGUCAAGGAAGGUCCUUUAGGCCCCCGGAAUCCACCAUCUCCGUUCGGCAAGGCGGAGCAGGAGCGGUGAGCACUCGGCCGCCUCAGUUAUAAGAAGAGUCUGCCGCAGCUCAUGAAUAUCGAGAACUACAUAGCACGUGCGCAACAUUACGUGAACUAGAUUCCCUGCACCGGCUGGUGAAUGUAUGAAACCUCCGCAAGCUAUCCAAUUUUGACCUCGUCUGGACCUGCUGCUUCCCUUCAGCACAAGCCUGAGAAGGUCCCUUUUCAUUUCUCCAUCUUCUGGAGCGUUCCUUGUAAUUUUGUCUUCAGGAAAUGGCCGGGAGAGGAGCAGCGAGGCCAAACGGUCAGUCUCAGGCCAGUAAGAUCUGUCAGUUUAAGUUGGUAUUGCUCGGUGAAUCUGCGGUCGGCAAGUCAAGUCUGGUUCUACGUUUCGUCAAAGGACAGUUUCAUGAAUUCCAGGAGAGCACAAUAGGAGCUGCAUUUCUUACACAGUCUGUUUGUCUGGAUGACACUACGGUAAAAUUUGAGAUCUGGGAUACAGCAGGGCAAGAACGGUAUCACAGCCUGGCACCCAUGUACUAUCGGGGAGCACAAGCUGCAAUUGUGGUGUAUGACAUCACCAACCAGGAGACGUUUGCCAGAGCGAAGACAUGGGUUAAAGAGCUGCAGAGACAAGCCAGUCCAAACAUUGUCAUAGCCCUUUCUGGCAACAAGGCUGACCUCACUAACAAGCGUAUGGUGGAGUAUGAAGAAGCCCAGGCGUAUGCAGAUGAUAACAGUCUGUUAUUUAUGGAGACAUCCGCCAAGACAGCCAUGAAUGUCAAUGAUCUGUUUCUUGCAAUAGCUAAGAAGCUGCCAAAAAAUGAGCCCCAGAACACAAUCGGGGCUCCUGGCCGGAGCCGGGGCGUGGAUCUCCACGAGCAGACACAGCAGAACAGGAGCCAGUGCUGCAGCAAUUAAUAGCGGAGACUGGAGAGCGAGAGCAAAGGGGAUUCAAGAUAAGAUUAUAACCUCUCUUCCUGCACCUGCCCUUCCACCCUCCAGAAAUACAACUUAACACCUUUCCAGCACUUCACUCUUCUGCCAAGACUCUCCCUUCUGCAUCCCUUCCUCCCCCCUCACCAGUGGAUAACAGCACACACUUGGAAACAACGCGAGCAUCUUGAAACUUCCCCUUUCCACCCCUACACCACUGCAGCCCCGAGAUCUCCCUGCUAACAGCACUAUUGUGGGUUUUCAUUUUUGUUUGUUCUUUUUAACGCUUCCAACAAACACACACAGACUUUUCUUGGUGACGCAGUAAGGAUUGCAUCUUCUGGGGAGCGCGCCCUCUCAGCAGAGCAAACAAGAAAAGAAGCAAAAAACAAAAACUGAUUCUACUUUGUAUUAUAGCUGCAUAUAGUGACUUUAAUAUUGUUUUUUGUUUUUGGUUUCAUGUAGGUCCCCCUUCACCCACCUACUACUUAUCUUCUACCCACCACCUACCUUCCACUUUCUUGAAUUUCUCUUCUGUUUUACAGCACUCUCUGUAGAUCUUCAGACAUGGAAGAAGCCUCACAUGACUUGCUGCAGUACUUGUGUACUUUUUAAUUUCUUGUUUGCUUCGCCUGUCAAAUGCAUUAUUUGUGUGCCUGGACAACUCUAGCUGGUAAAUUAUCCUUUCACCUUCCUCUUAGAUGUAGUCAGAAGAACAAUUUCAUGGGUUGUGUACAUGUGAAAAGUUUUAAGGUGAACAUUUGAGAUUUGCCUUUUACUGUAGGCAUGGCCAGGGGCGAGUAUGCCUUCUAUUGAUGGGCAUUGCGUGGUUAGUCCAGGCAGGUAAUGCGGUGGUCUUUCAUGAUGCAGUAAAAAUCAAACCUUGGCUGGUGGCCUAGAGGGAAUUCUAAUUUGUGUCUGGAAUUUAAAGCACAUCAAAUGGUUUACAGGAUCUUCAUCUGGAUUAUGGGAGCGCUCUGGGUCACAGUCGUCAAAACACUUUUUUAGCCGUUCGGUUUUCAGGGAUUUUAUAUACCAUCAAAGUUUUCCAUCCAUUAGCACAGCAGAUCCAGCUGCCGCUAUUGUCAUGCUUGUGAUUUACUCUGAUAUAAGGAUGUAGGAGUGCUGUAUAACAGUGGAGGGAGCCCCAUCAAUAUGUACCCGGUGGGCAGAGUGACAGAUGGAUUUCCGGCCUGGAGACAACGUACCUACUUGGCUACAAGUCCUGAUGCAGCUUGGCGAUGGUCAGCAGAACCAGACACAUUUCAUUUAACAAUCACUCAAUAACUCACUUCAAGCUAUGUAACCGUAGAGAAGGUAGUCCCUAAAUCACCAUUUCCUCCUUCGCUGAAGAGGUUUCCUACAAUGGUUACUAUUCUCCUUGCUGCUCUGCAAGUUCCAUGCAAACCUGUGUAUUUAGUGUUGCCUACUUCAAGGGCAGCGUGCACUUUAGUUCUCAAGUGUGGAAAGGUUGUUCUUCUGUUGAUUUACGCCUAUUUUCAGAUUUCUUUAUAUUAAAGAGGUUGUCCGAUUUGUCCUAAAAUCUUCACAUUGCCACUAAAUGCCUUAAAAUAAAAAUAAAAACUCCUAUACACACCUGUUUCUCCUCCACCAUUCUCUGUGCCAGAGCUCUGGUCCACCUUCAACUGUUUGUAUACAAGGCUGCAUCGGUGACAUAGCGCUAUACGGCACAAGACCGCUAAGGACAGUGGUUGGCUGCAGUGGUCACAUGCCAUAUACCUGCGCAUUGCCACUGCAGCCUUGUAUACAACCAGAAAAAAGAGAACGCAGAGAAUGGUAGGAGAAUAUAGCAUGUUUAUUAAUAAAGGCAUUUAGUGGUGUUGGGUAGAUUUUAGGAUUAUUUGGACAACCCCGUUUAUUGGAUUCAGUGUUUCACGAUCAUGUAGCAAGUGGACUGAUUGCACCACAUUUAUUACCGCUCUCUUAGGAAUUGUAAUUAUAUUCUCUCACAUCAUAGCAUACAACCAUUGAUUAACCACUCUUUACCCAAACCUGACUCAUAAGGUUCUCUUAAGUCUUAUCUAUACACCAGUUGGCAUGGCAGGUAUGUGCCUUCCUGUGUGUGUGUGUGUUUAAGUGUUCUUACUAAUUCAUGUCGGUGGCUUCAUGGAUUGCCAGUUUUCUCUUGAAAUGUGCCUUCCUUCCAUCGGUGGACAGGACUGUGGUUAGGGUGUACUCUGUAAAUGCCUUGCCAUAUGUGAGAGGGCUAGACAGCACGUGAAUGACAAAGGUUUAGGAGAUAUUAUAAGGGUUUAUUCACAUGCAGCGGAUCUGUUGCAGAAAUUUUGGAAAAAUCUGAAAGGGGCUUGCAGAAAACAAUGUUCAGAUGAAAAGAACGGAUUUUCAGUUCUGCAACGAAUUGUUGUGAAUAUUUCCAAACGGUCCGCAUUGGUGUGAUGUGCAUGUUCUGCAAUCCUUUUUUUUAUUUUAUUUUUUAUUUUUUACAGUUUCUAAUCCUGAGGUUGGAAAUAAAAAAA